UUGGCCAAGGCUACGUAAAUGUUCAGGUGGAACUCCUUGCCAGGGUCGGCAUCAGCUGUUACAUAGCUCUCUGGGAAUAUAUAAGCUCUUUGGCAGUUUUUACAGACAACAACAUCCUAGGACCAGUUCUAACCGAAGCCACAUUGCCCGUGUCUUUUGUUGCUUAUCUUUCAUUUAAAAAGUACAUCAUGGACAUCAGGUUCCUGCUAUCUCUGGCAGUCUUGCUUUCAGUGGUUUACAACAGGACCUAUGGGCAGGACACUCGCGUGAAGCUAUGUGGCCGUGAGUUCAUCCGAAUGGUGGUCGCAUCAUGCGGGAGCUCGAGACUCAAGCGUUCUACAGCAGAAUUCAACCAGCAACAUGGUAAAUCACUUGGAGAAGUACUGGAAUGGGCUGAUGAUGGUCACCCAAGCUCACAAAGCAGCAAGAACACGGUGCAACAGAGCCAGAACCCAGAAUACCCAGAACUUAUUAGGGAUUUCACUCCUUCCACAGAAAAGACGGGAUCAACACAUGGCUCGAAGGAAAGCAGGGGCAUCGAGAACCCGGAAAAUCACCAGCUGAACCGAAUGUUCUCCCGAGCCCAACGCGACGUGGGUCCAGCUGGAGUGUGUUGUAGAUUAGGAUGUACAAUUAGUGAGCUCGUACAGUACUGCUGAAUUUUCACACAAUUUCCUCAGAUUUUGAAGCCCUUUGGUAGGGAGCAGAAUGGUAAAAUAGGUUCUCUAAUCUUGCAAGCACAUUUUUCCUCAUUGCAGUAGAGACAGUGUUUUUCGUAACACUGAUGGAUAGCCUUGUGUCAACAAAAUACAAACACUUUGUGUAUUUUUCAGACUGUACAUUAAUUUUAGCAACUGCUCCACAUUCUUAAAAUGUUUUAAGUCCAUAGUAGCCAUCUUACAAAACUAGGUGCCUUCUACCUUCAGGACAGUUGUAGACGUUCAGUAUUACACUAAAUGUGUGUUGGGAAGCAAUUCAGCUGAUGCUGGUCAUUACUCUUGAGAUGAAAUGAUACAGUACUGUAUUAAGUGAUCAAUACACCAAAAACAGCAUGAUAGCCACUACAUCUAUCCUUAAGUUACAAAAUAUAUUAUAUCACUUAAUAAAUGUUAUUCCAUCUUCUGUUGUCAACUAUGGGACACUUCAACCAUAUCACCGCUAUACGGGAGACAUAAAAAUUCUUACAUUUGGCUUGGUUCACUUUUGGUGCACAACUUUUGGUACAGGCCUUGAAUUUCCUCACUUUUAACAUCUCAUUUCUGACAACUUGAAAAUUAAACUAAAGAUAAAUGAGUAAAUAAAGCACUGAGAAGA